UUGAGCUUCACCACGCCUUCCACGUGCACCACUGCCUCUUCACUUCUCGCUUGGGAACUCCAGUCUCGCCUCGAGUUGCAAUGGACCCCAACUGCUCCUGCUCCGCUGGUGACUCCUGCACCUGCGCCGACUCCUGCAAGUGCAAAGAGUGCACAUGCCCCUCCUGCAAGAAGAGCUGCUGCUCCUGCUGUCCUGUGGGCUGUGCCAAGUGUGCCCAGGGCUGCAUCUGCAAAGGGGCCUUGGACAAGUGCAGCUGCUGUGCCUGAUGUCAGGAUGGCCCUACUCCAAAGUAAAAAUAGAGUGACCCGUAAAAUCCAGGAUUUUUUUUUUUUUUAAUAAAUCUUGACCAAUUUGCUACAUUCAUUUUUCUGUGAAAUAUGUGAAUCAUAAUUAAACACUUAGACUUAAUUCUG